AUGUCUACCUCUGCACAGCCUGAGAGCAACCCUGUCUGGUCAUCAGGCGGCUCUGCCCCAGAUGAGGCUAUCGUCCCAGCACUAGCAACAGGAUCCGACGACAAGAUCACCCCCACGGUUGUGGGCGAUGCUGAUGUCUCCACCGUCCAAUCGUCCACGGCGGGCAUGAUUAACCGCGCUGACCCUAUGGACUUUGGCCGCCACCGGCGCGAUAAUGUCAACAAGAAACAAAUGGCCAUCGACCACCCCAAGGGGAACAAGCGAAAGCUCACAAAGUUCUACACGCGCCAGAACGAGCUCAUCGACCAGUUCCUGGGAGCCGAUGACGAGGAGCGUCUCAAGGUCGAGGAAGAUGAGAAGAAUCAACCCAAGAUUCAGUUCGCCAUCUGGGCCUCGUUUGUUCUCAACUUUCUACUCUUCGUCAUCCAGCUGUAUGCUGCCGUCUCAACUGGAUCGCUCGCGCUUUUUGCGACGGCCACCGAUGCCUUUAUGGACUUUGUGUCAUCCCUUGUGAUGCUCGUCACCUCGGCCUUGGCCGUCCGUCCGAGUGUGUAUAAAUACCCUGUGGGACGAACCAGAAUCGAGACCAUCGGGAUCAUCCUCUUCUGCUGCUUGAUGACAACUGUCGCGGUGCAGCUUUUGAUCGAAUCCGGGCGACGCCUGGCCGAGGGCGAGCGCGACUCCGAAGCCUUGCAUCUAGUCCCUAUCAUCCUCAUCAGUGUUGCCAUCUUUACAAAGGGCAGCCUCAUGUUCUACUGCCUCGCGUACAGGAAAUACCCCUCCGUCCACGUGUUCUACAUCGACCACCGCAACGACAUUGCCGUCAACAGCUUCGGACUCAUCAUGGCUAUCGUGGGCAACAAGUUCGUGUGGUAUCUCGACCCGCUCGGCGCCAUUCUCAUCGCGCUCCUCAUUCUCUUCUCCUGGGUCUCGAACGCGUUUGAGCAAGUGUGGCUUCUCGUCGGCAAGUCGGCGCCGAGGGCCUUCUUGUCCAAGUUGGUCUACAUGUCCAUGAACCACGACGAGCGCAUCGUCAAGGUCGAUACCUGCCGUGCCUAUCAUGCCGGACAGCGGUAUUACGUGGAGAUUGACGUUGUCAUGGGCGAGGACACGCCACUUCGAAUCUCGCACGAUGUGGCGCAAGAAUUGCAGCGCAAGGUCGAAGGUCUCGGUGACGUUGAGCGGGCCUUUGUCCACGUCGACUAUGAGCACGACCACAGCAUCCACACGGAACAUAAGCCGUUGUUCGAGAAGAAGAAGAAGAGCAGGACGCUGAGAGAGAUUCUGACAAAGACGAAGAAGGAGACAGAGCAGUCAACGCAAGACGGUGUUGCCACGUCGGGAACAUCAUGA